AUGUCUGUGGCUUGGCUAUCCACCGAGGACGGCGAUCGGGAGUCCAAAAAGGCCAAGAAGGAAGCCUCACCGGUGCUGGGCUUUUCGGAUGAAGAUAAGAUCGGAACCAUCCAACCCCAUGACGAUGCUCUGGUAGUUACACUUAGGAUAGGAGGAUAUGAUGUGAAGAGAGUGCUGAUAAAUCAAGGUAGUGUCGUGGAAGUAAUGUACCCCGACUUGUACAAGGAGCUGAACUUAAAAUCCAAGGACCUAACGCAAUACGAUUCCCCUCUACAAUCAACAACCCUGGCAUUGCCCAGUAAUGGAUCAACCAAGGAAACAAAGUGCGAGGACCUAGAAAAGGUUGCUGUUGGCAAUGAUCCGGAAAGGUUCUUUCAAGUCAGCUCAGAAAUACCUCCCCAAGAGAAAGAAGAGCUAAUUGGGUUUCUUAGAGAAAACGUGGACAUAUUUGCAUGGAAUGCCUACGAGGCCCCAAGGGUUGAUCUAAGCUUCAUUUGCCACCAUCUAAAUGUUAACCCAUCUAUUACUCCCAAGAAGCAACCACCUCGACGCCCGUCGAAGGAGCAUGUUGACGCUAUUAGGGACGAGAUGAUGAAGCUUAAAAAAGCAGAGGCUACCAAGGAAGUUUUUUACCCUGAGUGGUUAGCCAAUACUGUAGUGGUAAAAAAGAAGAGCAGAAAGUGGCGAGUCUGUGUAGACUUCACGGAUCUGAAUAAAGCUUACCCAAAAGAUCCGUUCCCUAUGCCUCAGAUAGAUUAG